AUGGGUUUAAUCGCAGACACCAAGCGGGCUCUCAAGGAAUCCCCUAGAGAGAUUUUUAACUUGAACGUCCUUCUCUAUACUUGGAUCUUUUCUUUCCCAGGUAUCUCGAAAGGGUUUGACGAAGGGAACAUUGGAUCUAUUGUAACUCAAACUCGCUUCAAGGUCAAGUUUGAGGUUGCAGAUCAAUCGGACAGUCAGUAUGCCGACACAAAGGGUUGGAUUGUCUCCAUUGCGACUGCGGGUGCAGUCCUUGGCUGUCUCGGGUGUUUGCCAUUGAACGACAGAAUUGGUCGACGAUGGACACUACGUCUUGCCACCCUUUUCUAUAUAGCGGGUAUACUGGGACAAGGUCUAUGCAAUGGAAAUCUAUCUGGCUUGUAUGCGUCAAGAGUCAUUGCUGGUAUGGGUAUUGGAGCGACUACAAUUGUGCCACCCGUGUAUAUUGCAGAGCAUGCAUCCUGUCAGAUGCUCGGUGUCGUCCUCGGCUUCUUCAUUAACUAUGGCGUGACCAAAUCCUACGCAGGAACCGACAAACAGUGGAUGCUACCAACUCUUCUCCAACUCGUACCAGCAGUUGUCUGGGGUGUAGGAACAUUCAUCUGUCCCGAGUCUCCCAGAUGGCUUUUUGCUACUGGCAGACGUGAACGUGCAAUCGCCACGUUGUGCAAAAUCAGAAAAUUGCCGGCUGACCACCCUCUUAUUGUCAGUGAAAUCAAUGCCAUUGAGAUCCAGAUCCUCCAUGAAGUCGAAGCCGUGAGCAACAGCAGCCUGUGGGAUCAACUCAAGGAAACGCUCAUUCCCGUCGAGAACAGACGUCGAUUUUGCCUUACCUUCAUGGCUACCUUAUUUUCGCAGUGGUCUGGGGCCAAUGCAAUCACUCAAUACUCGCCCACUAUCUUUGGAUAUCUCGGCAUCAAUGGCAUCGAAUCAACCUUCCUCGCUACCGGAAUAUACGCAAUUGUGAAGUUCGUCAGCACAAUGCUGUUUGGUAUCUUUGUAGUGGACUUCAUCGGCCGUCGUCGCUCGCUCAUGACCGGUAUCUGUCUCCAAAUUACCACACUCGCAUUUGUAGGCGCAUAUCUGGGUGUCACAAAGGACAUGACAGCAAACAAUAUCAACAACACCCCAAGUGCUUCACGCGCAUCUACCGCCGCGAUUGUGGCCAUCUAUCUUCACGCUGUUGCAUGGAGUAUCGGUUGGUUCAGUAUCCCAUACAUCCUGGGACCCGAGAUCUUUCCUAUCCGGAUUCGAUCGUUGAAUGUCUCGAUCUCGAUGGCGUUUCACUGGUUAUUCUACUUUGCUUCUUCGCGAGCAAUGCCUAGUUUGUUGGCUGCGACGGAUAAAUGGGGCGCUUUUGUGUUUUUUGGUUCCAUAUGUACGGUUUCGCUUGUCUAUGUGUUUUUUGCUAUGCCGGAUACUACGGGAAGAUCGAUUGAAGCCCUGGACAGUCUUUUUCAACGUCCUUGGUAUACUGUCUGGCGAGUGGCAUAUCCGACUGCAAAGGAAAGGCAAGAGACGAUAGAUGAUCCAAAAUCAACUGCUGAACAUGUUGAGAAGGUGUGA